AGAACAGGGAGGCAGAAGGGAAGAGACCCGGAGGGGGAGACGCAGUGGGGGUCGAAAAGGGGGGGAUUUAACUCGGAAAAUCAGGCAGCGAGUAGCGGGGGGGGGGGGGCAACAGAUAGAGCCAGAAGAGGGAUUGCAAGAAAAGGAGGGAGGGGAGAAGAAGGGGAGAAGGAAGAGAGGAGAGGCACAAUUGCAAGGAGCCUCGAAGAGCGAGGUGGAGAAGCCAACGGAAAGCCCAGUGUUCCCCGACCCCAGGCCGCUGGAGAGGGCACCGCAGCAGCGGAGGCUGGGCCCGGGGUGACCGGCCACCAGCCGAUGGGCACCACCUUCUGAGAGGGGCGGCAGGGGCGGCGGGGGCCCUGAGGCCUGAGCCAUGUCCACCUUCAACAACGGGGCCAGGAUGCCGUCCCCCCAGGAAGCCGCCAACGGCCUCCCGCAGGCCGGGGCCUCGGGAGCCCGGUACAAGUCGGAGGAGGAGCCGCGGGCCGGCGAGCCCGGCCGGGGGAAGAAGGCCCACCGCGAGAUCCUGGACCACGAGAGGAAGCGGCGCGUGGAGCUCAAAUGCAUGGAGCUCCAGGAGAUGAUGGAGGAGCAGGGGUAUGCCGAAGAGGAGAUCAGGCAGAAAGUGGGCACCUUCCGGCAGAUGCUGAUGGAGAAGGAGGGAGUGCUGACCCGGGAGGACCAGCACGGACGCCAUAUAGUGAUCCAGCCCCAUCACCCGGUGGAGGGAGAGGAGCCGGGCCUGGAGUACCCCCCGUAUGGAGACGACAGUCUGUUGGAGUGUAAUUGUCCCUCCGACUGUUACCGGGGUGACGGUCGCCACCGCGAGUACAGGACCACGCAUCGGUCAAGCAGCUCGAUCUCUCCUCCCCCCAAGAAGAAGAAGAAGAAGAAAUCGGGUCAUCGUCGGAACCGAAAGAAGAGGAAAGUGGAUUCGGACUGCAGCUUCGACAGCUCCUCGCCCCAGCACAAGAGGAAGAGGACUGGGAUUGGGAAGAGGCACAGGCGAGAUAGGUCUGAGUCAGGAUCUAGAAGGAAGCGCAGAUACAGAACCAAGAGCCCCAAGAACAAAAGGAAAGAGAGGAACAAAGAGCGGAAGAGGCCCCCCAGCGAAUCCCCGGCGCGGAGGGGUCACCGCCGCAGCAGCUGCAGCUCCCGCCGUACUUCGCUCUCCUCAGACUCCAGCAGCUUCAAAUCUCCCAGCAGGCUGAGCCCCAAGCACCGAGAGGACGGCCCCAAGCCCAGCAGCCGACGGUCCAGCGGGAGCCGGUCCUCCUCGUCCCCCGGCCACAGCAGAUCGGCCACGCCGCACCAGAACGGGCACCGGGGCGGCGCGCACAACGGGCGCUCCAGCCAGGGCCGGGCCAGCCCUCCCGCUCGCCCACAGGAUGUACGUACGCUUUGCUUUUGCCACGGUUCAUCCUCCCUUCCUCCCUCCCCGACCCCGGCUCCGAUCCCCCCUGUUACCUUCCACCACCGCACCACAACCAUCCGCUCUCUUUCGGACUCGCUUCCUGUUUUCAGGUGGACGGGCCGGCUCCAGAGCGGGUCACUCCCUCCCGCCGGACUCUCCAGGAGGGAGAGGAAGGGACUGACCCCCUCGGGCUCGUCGUCUUGUCGUUGCCCCCUCCCCGUUCGCUGCCUUAACUCGGAGGGAAAUCGUGCCCCCUUACUGGUGGGUCCCCCCGGAUUGGGCCGGCAAUCUGGCUCCCAGCCCGGUGGGCCCCGGCCCUCCACGACCGACCAUCCCCCAGACCCUGGCCGGACAGAACGGGUAACAGGGAGAGGCCACACCUUCCGGUCGACCUGUUUUACAGGAGGGGAACCGGAGGCUCCAGAGCCAGAGCCGAGGGGCCACGGCUACAGGUCCCGGUGGCCCCAGACGCCAUACCUUGCCUUGAGGCGUCAUCCCCAGCAGAGCGGAUUUCCUCAAGUUUUGUCCCUUUGGUGCCAGCCAGCCGGUUGGCUGGACGGCUGUGAGCACCCGCUGGGCACCAGGCCCCGGGGGACGGGAGAGGAGCGGGGCCGCGGCCGGACCCGGCCCUCGGCCCCGCGGGAUUCGCCCCGCUCCCUCGGACGCGCCGGCGACGACGACAGCAGCGACUCCGCCGCCCCCGCCGCCCCCGCCGACCACGGCGGCGCCGCCUCAGCCCCCGCCGCGCCGCAACCCGACGCCGCCGCCGCCGCCGCCGCCGUCGUCGUCGCCGCCCCGGACAGGAGCCACGGAGCCAGAGACCGGAAGGGGAAGGAGCAGCACCACCGGACCCGGCCGACCAGCGGCUCCGUGUCGCCUGCCAAGCACGGCCGGCACGGCCUCCUGAGGAAGAGCGGCUCCCGCAGCCCUGCCCCCCGCAGCAGCUCCUGGACCUCCAGCCCGUCCCCUUCCAGGUCCCGCUCCCGUACCCGCUCCCGCUCCCACUCCCGGGAGAAGAGGGCGGCCCGGAGCCGCAGCCGCAGUCGCAGCCGAAGCCCCUCGCAGAAAAACACCACCAGCCGGGAGAAGGACAGCGAGGCCCGCUCGCGGCACGGCGAGCCUGAGGCGGCCAGAGCCCGUCGCCGCUCCCGCAGCUACUCGCCCAUCCGCAAGAGGAGACGCGACUCUCCGAGCUUCAUGGAGCCCCGGCGCAUCACCAGCGCCCGCAAGAGGCCGAUCCCCUACUACCGGCCCAGCCCGUCCUCCUCCAGCUCCCUGAGCAGUUACUCCCGCAGUCGCAGCCGCAGCUACGAGAGCUACAGCAGCAGUUACAGCCGCAGCCGGACGACCAGCCCGCACAGCCUCCCUCGCACCCAGAGCCGCAGCCUCAGCUUCCACAGCAGGAGCAGCUCCGAGAGUGCCGGCUUCUGAGCCCCCCGGGUGGGCGGAGGGGGAGAGGCCCAGAGGGGCGGGAGCCUUCGGGGUCGCCCCCGGAGACUGCUCCCGGCCGUGGGGAGGGGAGUCCCGGCUCCCAACUCCCCGCUCCCAUCCUCGGCCCAGGCCUCUGGGAGCAGGACCGGGCUUGCCCACCGGCCCGGGGCCCCCCUGCUUGGCUGCGUCUCCCAUCAAACCAGCACUGGGGAUGCCCCCCACCCCACCCCCCCACCCCUCAUCGAUACCCCUCCCAGGGAGAAGACCAGGCAGGAAAGAGAAGCCCGCGUAUAAAGAUCCCCUCCACA